CACACACACACACACACACACACUCAGUCUCACACACAAACACAGGAGCGCAGUAGAGAGCAGGAGGAGAAGGGAGGAGAGGCAGAGAGCGGAAUAUAGCCUUAGCGUUCAGUAAGAGCAUCAUGGCACCCAUUGGAUUAAAGGCGGUGGUCGGCGAAAAGAUUAUGAAUGAUGUGAUCAAGAAGGUGAAGAAGAAGGGAGAAUGGAAGGCCUUGGUGGUGGACCAGCUGAGCAUGAGAAUGCUUUCUUCCUGCUGCAAGAUGACUGACAUUAUGACAGAGGGCAUCACAAUUGUGGAGGACAUAAUGAAGCGGAGAGAGCCUCUACCCACCUUGGAGGCCAUUUACCUCAUCACCCCUACUGAGAAGUCUGUGCAGACGCUCGUCAGUGACUUUAAGGAUCCCCAUUCGUCAAAAUACAGAGCAGCUCAUGUAUUCUUCACCGAUUCUUGCCCAGAUCCGCUCUUCAAUGAAGUGGUGAAGAGUCGCGCUGCAAAGUGCAUCAAGUCCUUGAAUGAGAUCAACAUUGCCUUCUUGCCGUACGAGUCACAGGUGUACUCUCUGGAUAACCCCGAUGCCUUCCAGAGCUUCUACAGCCCCCACAAGACUCAGAUGAAGAACCCAGUGAUGGAAAGGCUAGCUGAGCAGCUGGCCACUCUGUGUGCCACGCUCAAGGAGUACCCUGCUGUCCGAUACCGUGGCGAGUACAAGGACAAUGCCACACUGGCUCAGCUGGUGCAGGACAAACUGGAUGCCUACAAGGCAGAUGACCCCACGAUGGGAGAGGGUCCUGACAAGGCUCGCUCGCAGCUCAUCAUUCUGGAUAGGGCUUUUGAUCCCGUCUCUCCUGUCCUUCACGAGCUCACCUUCCAGGCCAUGGGCUACGAUCUGCUGCCUAUUGAAAACGAUGUCUACAAGUAUGAAACCAGCGGAAUGGGAGACUCUCGGGAGAAAGAAGUGCUGCUCCACGAGGACGAUGACCUCUGGGUGUCUCUGAGGCACAAACACAUCGCCGAGGUGUCUCAGGAGGUGACGAAAUCUCUGAAGGAAUUCUCAGCCAGCAAACGGAUGAACACUGGAGAUAAGACCACGCUGAGGGAUUUGUCUCAGAUGCUGAAGAAGAUGCCGCAGUACCAGAAAGAGCUCAGCAAGUACUCUACUCACCUGCAGCUGGCGGAAGACUGCAUGAAGCACUAUCAGGGCACUGUGGACAAGCUGUGCCGUGUUGAGCAGGACCUGGCCAUGGGAACAGAUGCAGAAGGGGAGAAGAUUAAGGACCCCAUGAGGGCCAUCGUGCCCAUCCUGCUUGAUGCCAACGUCAGCACCUACGACAAGAUUCGCAUCAUCCUGCUCUAUAUUUUCCUCAAGAAUGGAAUCACAGAGGAGAACCUGAACAAGCUGAUCCAGCAUGCACAGAUCCCCCCUGAGGACAGUGAGAUCAUCACCAACAUGGCUCACCUGGGUGUCCCCAUCAUCACAGACUCCACUCUGCGCCGGGGGAAGAAGAUGGACCGCAAGGAGCGUGUGAGUGAGCAGACCUACCAGCUCUCUCGCUGGACCCCGCUGGUGAAGGAUAUCAUAGAGGAUGCCAUUGAUGACAAGCUGGACACCAAGCACUACCCUUACAUCUCGACUCGCUCAUCCUCCUCGUUCAGCACCUCAGCAGUCAGUGCUCGAUAUGGCCACUGGCACAAGAAUAAGACCCCUGGAGAGUACCGCACCGGGCCACGUGUCAUUGUCUUCAUCAUCGGUGGCGUGUCUUUCAGCGAGAUGCGUUGCGCCUAUGAGGUCACACAGGCCAACGGAAAAUGGGAGGCCAUCAUCGGUUCCACCCACACGCUCACCCCAACCAAAUUUCUAAAGGAUCUGCAGCAUCCCGACUUCCGAGAGUCCACUAGGGUGUCCUUUGAGGACCCCGUUCCCUCAGACGAUUGAGAGAACGAGGGAAAGGGUGGGAGAAAGAGAGAGAGAGAGAGAAAGAGAGAGAGAGAAAGAGAGAGAAAUCACACUCUGACAAAGCUCGACCCAUAUCUUCACCCCUACCGUGCUCCUGGACGCUCUCAAGGCCAUGAACAAACCAGACGAGGAUCAGACAAGCUAAAACUCUCCCUCUCUUCUCUUCUCUAGCUGAUCACCCAAAUCCCCUGCUCCUGUAUUAAUGUGUAUGCAUCUUGCUUGAAAGAAAAUGUAAAAAAAGAAAGAAAAAAAAAGAAAAUAAACAAUGGAAACACUGACUAAAAAAAUAUGAGAUAUAUAUAUAUAUAUAUAUAAAUAUAUAUAUAAAAUAUGUUGAAAAGCAAAAGAAUCAUUGUAAGUAUUCUCAUGUUUUCCAAUGGAUGCAAAUGUUUAAACUGUCAAAAGAAAAUAAUAAUAAUAUGGUUUAAAUACUCAAACGCCAUUUGAAACAGAAAGAACCAAAUAUUGAUAUUGCUAUUGAUAUUGGAUGCUCAGAAAUGUAAAUGUGAACGGUAGAAACUUAGAUCGUCGCUGUGAUUUGUCAUGGUCGUGGGCGGGGGAGGGGCAGGCGUGUGGAUGCGAGUGCCACUCGAGAAUCUAUCCUCGUAUCAUUUCUCUUGCUUUAUGGCGAACUCCUUGUCGUUCGUCACGCUGUACGCCGAGAGCUCCGAUUUUAGAUUCAUAGUCGUGCAUGCCAUGGAAUCUUAUUUGUGGCCAUUUUAAAAUCCGAGGUGGGGGGGAGAGACACUUUUGACACUGACUGAGCAUCUGCUGAGGAGAGGAAGCAAAGCGGUUGAUGAGGGGGAAAAAAUAUGAGUCAAAUUGUAAAUAGCUCCAGAAUGCAAAUAACAGCCCUCGUCAAGGCCUCGGCUGCGGAUCUACCCGCCUGGACUGUUUGUUUUGUUGCUCUGCAGAGAAUUUCACGUUUUAGUGUCGAAAAGGCCAUUGCUUGCAAAUGUUUGAAAAAUAUUCUCAACAGAAAAAAAAAAGGGCCAGCUGUACUUCAGUAUUGUUAUCCUGUCCGAUUAAAGUCUCAUCAUUGGCUAGUAAACCGGGCCAUGCACUGAGUAGUGUGAUGUUAUAUAUGCCAUAUGUUGAUGUUAAAACGUCUCCCUGUUGACUUUCUAACUGUGAAGUAGUACUUUUAUUUUUUUCGUUCAAUAAUAAUGCGAAGCCAAUGUGUUCGUGAUGUUUGAGCUGUAGUUGUAGUAGUAAACAAAAAAAACAACAAAAAAAAACAAAAACAAAACAAGAACAACUAACUAUAUUUGGUUCGUCUGUUUGUUAGUGCAACGUAACUCUUCCACUGGUGAAUGGCUUCGCAAAGAGAUGUAAUCCCAUCUUCUUAUUUCCUCCUCCCCCCACCCCUGCUUCUAUUUCUAUUUAAUUCUAUUUUAUUCCUCUGCUCCUGCAACCAGGUUGUAUAUUGCACUAUUGAGUUUUCUGUGAUGCGAAUGCUUGUUUAUUUUGGAUUUAUGUUUCGGUUCGCUGUUGUAAAAGCUCCGAGUGUGUCGAGUAAAUUUAUAUCAAAUUUAUUUAUCAGAGAAAAUAUUAAGAAAUAAGAAGUUAGUCUGUCUUUAAACCUGUUUAUCUUUGCUGGGAUUUCAUGUUUGCAAGCGUUGAAGCACAAACAAAAGUAAACUCGAUGUGUACUGAUGUAAUAAAGACUGUCCAAUAAAUUGGCUUCCAUUCCA